GCGGGGUCAGGCUGGCAGGUUGCUGCUCGUCUCGUAGCGGGACCCGCUGGUCUCGCAGAACCGAUUAACGUCGAUAUAAUAAGCGUCCUGCGGGUGCCUGUGCAAGGACAAUGCGAUCAGCGGGCUCCAGAAACAUCCCCCACCGCCGAUCGCCUUAAGGACGCAGAAGUUUAUUUACUGUAUUUCUCCAUAGGGAAAAAAGAUCGGUGAGGACCUCCUGUUCUUCGAGUGAGUGCUCCACAUCUGUCUGAAGAAACACACUAACAAGAUUGCUGAAGAAAUACCCUGUGUAACAGUAGCAGUCUGACAUCUUUACGUUGGAUGCAGAAGCCUGUUGUCUCAUCUAAGAUUCCUGCAUCACUCAUUUUGGGUUUACCUGAAGAAAAAGAAAUCAAGAGAAGAUGGACUGGAAUGGAGGACCAGUCCAGAAUGCUAAUGCAAAUAUGAACCUUCAAAGUGAAGGAGCUUAUCACACUCAGUUGCUUUCUAAUGGACAUGCCUUUCCUCAGACAAAUGCCAGCUCCUCUACAAAUGCGUGCACUUAUGCUGAAAGUAACCAGUUUGUGUAUCUGCCAGCUGUCAAGGUUGCCUUCCCUUUAGUGAAUACUGAAGGAUUCAAAACUUCUGAUCAGACCUUACCAGGAGCAUCUGUGACUGGUGUCAAGAGUAAAAAAGAAGAUUGGUUAAAAUGUGAACCACUGAAGCGAAAGAAACUGGAAGAGAUCUCUACAGCUGAGGACAGUAUUCCACUUGAUACAGCUAUACAGAUCCUGGAUGGAGAUGGAGAGACUCUUCACAUUCCAAGCAAGGACUCAAAAGAGAUGUUUCAGACCUACAGGAAAAUGUAUCUGGAAAAAAGAUGCAAAAGCCUUGAUAGCACUCCUGUAUCAGCGGUCUUACUCAGUAUCACUGAGAAAAAAAUGCACCACUAAGAUGCUUUUUUUCAGUUUACUUCAUAUUUCUGAAUAAUUGUAAAAAAACCACAGUUUUUUUGGUAGGUGUUGGGAAUUUCCCCCCUAUUUUCCUCAUAUUUGUGAAUAAUUGACAUCUUUUGUAUUUAUUGCACAAAUAUACUUUGGUGCUGCAGAUGCUGAUGUUAAAUGUACUGUUUCUUUAGGCAUGUCUGAAUUUUUUUUUUUUUUUAAGAUAGGGGAGUUUUUUGAAUCUUGACCAAAAAAAAGAUCAAACUCAUUUAAAUUGCCACAGCCUCUUUUCUGAUUCUCAAAAACUUUACUUGUGGUAUUUUCCACUACUGGCAGUGGAAGAAUAUUUCUUCCACUGGAAAGGGAUUGCAGUGGGUUUCCAAGCAUUACACUUCUAUUUUCCACUUAUGCUAGUCUGAUUGUUUUGCUUCUAUAAAGGCUUUUGUUUUUGUAGAAACCUUUUUUUUUUUUUUUAACUGGGAAUAGAACUUUAAAGCCCUCAAAUCAAGCAUACAGAUCAGGGGUAUUUAUGAAGUAUCUAUGCUGCUACCCAGUUUUGUUACAUUUGUUUUUGUGGAACUUGUACAAAUUGAAUUGAGUUCUUAGUUUUAACUCAGUGCUAUAAACAGUGCUGUAAAGUGUUAGUUGAGUGAAGACUUUUCUUGUUUUUCUUUCUUUCUCUAGCUUUCUUUACACUUGAAAGAACAGUGCUAUUGUUGAAGUGCAGGGAGUUUGAAUUCACUCUUGUCUGGACCAUGUUGCUCAAUUUAAACAGACUGUAAUUAAUUUCUUUUAUUAUAAAGUGUUAGAUAAUGUUUGAUUUCACAUUCACUGUGACAGAAGAGUUAUAUUUGUCGCUGGGUAUCUUUUGUUUAAGUGCCUUUUCAUUAUUAUUCAAAAUUUUGAAUCAAAUAAUAUUUUUUCAGAAACUUGGUACUUGAUUCUAUCUUGUUAAACCUUUAUGCUCAAAAAAACCCUGUAGAUAUUUCAUUGAAUGACUUUUAUACUUGAAAUAAACUUUGGAGGACUAUG